AUGGGGAAAAAGGGAAAGAAGAAGACGCAGAGAAGUCAGGCCGAAAAUGGCGCCGCCAAUGCCGAAAAUCUGCCCGCGGCGACCAAUCAGGAGCUUUCCCUGACGGAAUCUCAAGAUGGUUCUGGGUCUCAAAAGGACAACGACGAGGAUGAAGACGAAUUCACCGAUACUCAGGAGCGUCAUGCCCCGGAGGAACCGGAAGAAGAGGUCAAGGAGGCGUCUGUUCCGCCAGGAGCUUUUCCAGAGAGCCCCAAGAAGGAAAAUAUCGAGGAGCCCAAAGAACAGGUAACCGAGGAGACUUCAAACGAAUUGCCUUCCAGGGACGGGAUAAGGACAGCAGUGGAAACAGGUAUACCCAGAUCUGCGGCUCCACCGUCCGAAGCGCCUUCGUCGUUGCUUGCAGCAAGGCAAAACGAGAUUAGUAUCAAAUUCGACUCCAAAGACGAAGCAGCACGUUCUGCGAUCGAGCUGGGCCGCCAGAGCAUCAAAAACACGUUCAAUGGCAUCAAGGCCACGAUUGGUUCAGCGCCCGAGCUUAUGGGUGGUGUCGAUAUCGAUUGGGAGUUUUGGGGCAGGGUUGUAGAGGACUAUGAUGAAUUGGUCAAAGACGAACCCCAGACGGUGCAGCGGGCCGUGGCGGACGGGAUCCCCAAGGAGUUUCGUGGCAUCAUCUGGCAGCUCGUGAGCCGCUCCAAGAACCUCCAGCUUGAGGAGCUCUACUUCCAUUUGAAGAACGAAACCUCCGUGCACGAGAGAGCCAUCAAGAGAGACUUGUCUCGUACAUCUUUCUUCACAAACGUCAACGCCGCCAACAAGGCCGACGAGUUGUUCAACGUGAUCAAAGUCUAUUCGCUUUUUGACCCUGACGUCGGGUACACUCAGGGUAUGGUGUUCAUAGUGGUACCGUUAGUGAUGAACAUGAACGAGGCCGAGUGCUUCUGCUUGCUUGUCACAUUGAUGAAGGACUACGGUCUUCGGGAGCUCUUCUGCCCGGAAAUGCAGGGCCUUCAUCUCUUGCUCCACCAGUUCGACCGUUUGCUCGAACAGUGCCUGCCGCUAUUAUACAACCACUUGGUGCGCCAGGGCAUCCGCCUGUCGAUGUAUGCCUCCCAAUGGUUCCUCACAUUCUUCAGCUAUAAAUUUCCGUUGGACGUGGUGUUGAGAAUCUUUGAUAUGGUGAUCACACAGGGUAUCGAGGCCGUGCUCCGCUUGGCGGUGAACUUAAUGUUGAGAAACGAAAGCAACCUCCUUCGACUCAACUUCGACGCCCUUCUCGAAUUUUUGAAGCUCAAUCUUUUUAAUAUUUAUGUCAGCGACGAAUUCGUGGCGUCGACAGAAAAACCGGAAAACAAGCGUUUUUCGCUUUUGGGCCGCAAGUCCACUACCAAGAGCGGGGCCAACUACUACAAGCUUGAUGCAUUUGUUAAGGAUGCCAUGCUUGUAGAGGUCUCACCUGCCGACAUCAACAGAUACAAGCUGGAGUUCGAGCUUCUAUGCGAGAAAGAUGCAGCCAGAACCAAGGAGAUCGAGGAGUACAGAACGAAGAAUGGUCAGUUACGCUACGAGAUCAAGCAACUCGAAACAGAGUUCUACACCAUCAACAAGGACCACAUGAGUGUGGUGCAGGAGUUGGUGAACACCAAGGUUGUGUUGCCAGAUGUCUACGGUGACAUCGAGGACCUAGAAGCACAAGCGAUCUCGCUAGAAAAAGACAUCAAAGAGCUUGAGGCGAAGGUCGAACAGCUGAGCUCGUCGCUCCCGCAGGACGUGGACUCGAAGAUUCAGGAUCUCUUGACGGAGAAUGCGAAGGAGACCGAGAGAUUUGCCGAACUUGAAGAGCAGUUCCACGAGUUGACGUUGCAGAACAGGGCUGUGGAUUCGGAGUUGAAGCAGAAGGGAGGCAAGAAAUGGUUUUGGUGA